ACAGAUUAGAUUUCAUUGUGUUUGGAACAGGGAUUGGUGGGUGGAGCUAAUGGCGGGUGUAAGAGCUUUACAGCCAAAUUGUAUAUUCUGCAAGAUCGCCUCCGACUCCAGCACCACCACUAUUCUCCAUUCUGAUGAUAAAAUCGUUGCCUUUCAGGAUAUCAGACCUUCGGCUUUCAGGCAUUACUUGGUUAUUCCUAAAGCACACAUUUCAACUGUAAAUGAUCUUCAGAAGACUGCAGAAGACUACUCUUUGGUAAAUCACAUGUUAGAAGUGGGGCGAACGCUAUUAAGCCGGGAUGCGCCUCAAUGCCAGUAUAGAUUUGGCUUUCAUAGGCCUCCAUUCAACAGUGUAAACCAUUUACAUCUCCACUGUUUUGCACUACCAUACACCCCAAGAUGGAAGUAUAUAAAGUAUUUGUCUUUGGGACCAUUAGGAUUCAUUGAAGCUGACAAGUUAAUAGAAAAGAUCAAACCUUCAACCUGAAAAGUUAUUGGAUUUCAUUCAUACACAUCAAAGAUUAUAUUCUGUUCUAAAUUUUAUUCAUUUUCAUAUAACUUGGUAGUAUUUGCAGAGCUUAUGCACUAAAAGACCCUCAAAUGUUAAAACUUUACAGCAUUGUUCUGCUAAUGGUGUUGAAAGCGAGGAACUUUUUUGUAUUGUUCGGUUCCUGGAACACCGAUGUCAAAAGAACUCGGUCCUACGACAUCUUUCAAAUCUUCAAUCUGGUUUUAACAGUAGUUUCAAGUGUUCUUGCUGAUCUUUUGAUGUGUCUGUGUGUUUAUCCUAGGAUUCUUAUGGGAUUUGGUGCUUUAAUACAUUCAAAACUAAAAUAUUGGUCUAAUAAAAACCUUUAUUUUACUCUCCUUUAAA